GUCGUCACCAAGCCCAUCAACCCUUACUACCAUCUACACUUUACACUUGCAUCAGUAAAACACCUCUUCUUCAAUCCAUCACUCGCAUACUCCAGAUCAGCACAAUGGGUUCCAUGCCUGAAGUCAAGAAAGCUCCUCAGAUUGACCUUGCAGGUCUUGUCCCAGCGCCAGUUACCCCAUUCAACAGGGAUGGCUCGGUUGACUACGCCGCCAUCCAGCGCCUGGGUUCAUGGCUCGGCAGCAUUCCUGGCGUCAAGGGACUAGUCGUUCUCGGACAUGCCGGCGAGGGUACUUUCCUCACUCAAGAAGAACAAGUCGAAGUCAUCAAGGCCUUUGUCAAGUCCGUUGACAACAAGAUCCCCAUCAUCGCGGGCAUCACGACCGAAGGCACAGAAGUAGCAGCCCUCGAAGCUCAACGCGCAAAGGCCGCAGGAGCACAAGCCGGUCUCCUAUACCCCAGCCACGGCUGGCUGCGCUUCGGAUACCAGCCAGGUGCCCCACAGGACAGGUACAAGACUGUGUACGAGAAGUCCGGUCUGCCUCUCAUCCUGUUCCAAUACCCAGACAACACCAAGGCCACAUACAACCUCGACACACUGCUCGAGAUCGCCGCCCAGCCCGGCGUCAUCGCCAUGAAGAACGGUGUCCGCAACAUGCGCCGAUGGGAUGUCGAGAUCCCCAUUAUCAGGAAGCAGAACCCCGACCUGACCAUCCUCACAUGCCAUGACGAGUACCUGCUCCACACAUGCUUCGAUGUCGACGGCAUGCUUGUCGGAUACGGCAACAUUGCUCCAGAGGAGCUGCUGGAGAUGAUCGAUGCCGGAAAGGCGAGAGAUUACCCCCGCGCACGAGCUGUUCACGACAGACUGCUUCCCGUUACCAGGAACGUGUACCACCGCGGCUCGCACAUGGAGGGCACAGUAGCGCUGAAGCACGGCCUGGUAGCGCGCGGUAUCCUGGAGCACGCCACAGUCAGGAGUGGACUGCUGCCACUACAAGAUGGCGCCGAGCAAGAGAUCCACGCUGCGUUCAAGUCGGCGUCGUUGGGCAAGGUGACACCGCCCAAGUCGAGUUAA